UGUUGGUAGCCUUAUAUGAAGAACCAGAGAAACCAAAUAGUGCGCUGGACUUUCUGAAGCAUCAUCUGGGAGCUUCAGCUCCUGAGAAUCCAGAAAUAGAGGCACUUCGCUUGGAAGUGGCAGAGAUGAAAGAAAAAUAUGAAGCUGUGUUGGAAGAAAAUAAAAAACUGAAAACCAAGCUGGCUCAGUAUGAACCACCUCAAGACGAGAAGCAUGGCGAAUAACAGUAGUUUCUCCUUUAAUGCCUAGACUUAAUAAAGGGCUUCUUGAGAA